UUGGCACAAGCUGCCAGCCCAAAUAACGAGCGCGCGGCCAUGUUGAAUUGUCAAUAAUCUGAAAGACGAAACAAUAGAGUGAAACUCGCUGAAUAUCUUCACACGAACACUUUUCUUACUGUAGCGCUGGUUAUAAACAGCCAAAACAUUACUAGAACAAAGCGUCCGACCGAGUGACGCUUCGCUUGGAUGUAGCAAACUCGAGGUAACCCUGGAUUUGGCGUACCCCACAGCACUUUCCCAACUGCCAUCUCGCCUGUUAAAUAGAAGAGGAGCUUCCAAACGGGAAUUGAAAAGAAUACAUUCAACUCCAACCUCACGGAAAACCGCUCAUUGAAUGUAGAGACUUUACAUGCUGAAAUCUAAAAUACGCUAAAGAAUACUCAGGAAUAUCACUGUUGUAGUGAAAGGACUAAAGAUUUUGAAUUAAGAUUUAUUAGGUGUUCUGGACACAUUGGUUUAUUUAUUCAUAUGAAUGUUACUUUCUCCUUUUUGGAGAAUUGUCUUGUAAAUAGAAGCAAAAAGCCACAAUUGGGACUCUUUUUUUUUCCAAGAGGCCUGAAUUGUCAGAUUGUGUAGACCAGCAAAAACGGUUUUAUUUUUUUUUAAAGCAGUUUCUUUUCUCAAAUUUGUGGACAAGAAGCGAACAAGCUUUAUUGUAAGGACGUACUGAACAAAUGGCUUCUACAAGAGCCGCAAACACUGCAGCAAUGAUUGAAUUGGACAAACCUGCAAAUGGGCAGCUCAAAGGACCAACCAAACUGGCUGGACAGCAGUCUGUAUUCCAAUCCCAACAACCCAGUGUCCCCCAGAAAAAGAGUGGCAUUCCUCAAAGCAGUGGUGGAAUCAAGUUUGGUGAUGACUGGAAAAAGUGCUUGGACGUACCUCCGAAAGACACUCGAAUGAAAACUUCAGAUGUCACAUCAACUAAAGGAAACGAAUUUGAAGACUACUGUCUAAAACGAGAGCUUCUGAUGGGAAUAUUUGAAAUGGGUUGGGAAAAACCAUCUCCUAUUCAGGAAGAGAGCAUCCCUAUCGCAUUGUCUGGCAGAGAUAUUUUGGCCCGGGCAAAAAAUGGCACAGGAAAAAGUGGAGCCUACCUCAUCCCUCUCCUUGAGAGAAUAGAUCUUAAGAAAGACCACAUUCAGGCCAUUGUGAUGGUGCCAACAAGAGAGCUCGCUCUGCAGGUGAGCCAGAUUAGCAUUCAGAUCGGCAAGCACCUUGGUGGAAUCAAAGUAAUGGCAACUACCGGUGGCACCAACUUGAGGGAUGAUAUCAUGCGCCUUGAUGAGACUGUGCAUGUGGUUAUCGCGACACCAGGCCGGAUACUGGACCUGAUCAAAAAGGGUGUUGCAAAAGUGGACAGGGUACAAAUGAUGGUCAUGGAUGAGGCAGAUAAGCUCCUCUCACAGGACUUUGUGGUCCUAAUUGAAGACAUCAUCAGUUUCCUGCCAAAGGGACGUCAGAUUUUGCUUUACUCUGCCACUUUCCCAAUCAGUGUGCAAAAGUUCAUGAACAAGCACCUCCAGAAGCCUUAUGAGAUCAACUUGAUGGAGGAGCUCACACUGAAGGGCAUCACUCAGUACUACGCCUAUGUGAGAGAGAGGCAGAAAGUCCAUUGCCUCAACACUCUCUUUUCCAAGCUUCAGAUCAAUCAGUCAAUCAUCUUCUGUAACUCGACCCAGAGAGUGGAACUGCUGGCCAAGAAAAUCACUGAACUGGGUUAUUCCUGUUUCUACAUCCAUGCCAAGAUGAUGCAGGAGUACAGGAACCGAGUGUUCCACGACUUCAGGAAUGGCUUGUGCAGGAACCUGGUCUGCACAGACCUGUUCACUCGGGGGAUUGACAUCCAGGCAGUGAAUGUGGUCAUCAACUUUGACUUCCCCAAAAGUGCAGAAACCUACUUGCAUCGCAUUGGCAGAUCAGGACGGUUUGGUCAUCUUGGCCUGGCCAUCAAUCUGAUUACUUCAGAUGACCGCUACAACUUGAAGAGCAUUGAGGAUCAACUGGUCACUGACAUCAAGCCCAUACCCAGCAGCAUUGACAAGAGUCUGUAUGUGGCGGAGUUUCAUUCAGUCGACGCAGACGAAGAAGACGGAGCCAAAAACAAAGAAGUUGGCGCAGCCUGAAUGGGAAGAAGUGGGCACCCGGCAUGCAGCGCAGGCAUUCGACCACACGUUACACAAGAUACCCUGAGAAGAUCGACGCUCUGUUUGAUUUACGACUGUCACCUCUUUUCAUUUCCAUUUUAGAACGUUUUGAAAUCGGCCUCCUCAAAAUGUUUGGUCCAGCACUACUGUAUUGACUUGUUUUGAUUUAGGCUAGGUGGGAUUAACAUUGACAAACAUUCAGUCCAACUUGACACUUGAGCUCCUGCAGCACAUGCAUUUUUCCUGGAUUUAAACAAGUUCUCUGGCGUGGAUGUGCUAAAAACAAAUCAUUCCAUUGUUCAGUUUUGUGCAAAUGAAAUCAUUUUCCUGGGCUGUAACAAAGUUCUUUGUAUUGAAUGCUAGCACUUGUCUUUGUUUUAAAUACUGGCGCCUUUUCGACCCACUGGAAUAUUUCAUUGCAACUGUCAGUUCUAUGCUUGGGAAAUAGUCAUUUUAGGUGGGAACCAAAUUUCAGAAAUGAAUUGCACACUUGCAAUGCAAGAGUCGCACACUUGCAAUGCAAGAGUCGCACACUAGAUUUUGAUGUUAAAAACCAAACUUUUGUUUUGACAGUACGUUUCUCAGGUUUGCAUGAUCAUCCUCCCCUUGUCUGUCCUUCCCAAAGUGCCUUGAUCUGCCAGUGGAUUGAAAUCUAGAUCAUGGAUUGGAUCAUGCUGGUUUACUCAAGUAUUUGUGACCACCUACCUGACCAAGUGGGAUCACGGCUGGACUUGUGAUCAGACCUAUCCUUUAAAAUUAAACUCAGCCAGGAGAGCUCUUGUUUGAACGGAGGGCUUGUGCUUUAUAUUCAAUACCAGUGCUUUUGUUACAGUCUCACUGUCUAGCAAUGCUUUUCAUGAACUUCAAAGAACGGUAAUUUUUGUAACGUGUGUUUGACACUGCUGCAAAAAUAAA